UGAAGCUAGAUUAGAAAUUGAAAAUGUUUUGUUUAUACGAGACGUGUCAAAUCUAGUGCUCUUGCGGCGAUAAAAUUUAAAACACCACGUAUUUGCCCACGCUAGCACUAUUUCCUGCAUACGAUUAUCCGAUAACGAUAAAAAACAUACGUAAAAAUCCCUCAGUCGUAAAUAAUCGGUUGUGGCCAUUAAGCCCAUAUGCGGGUCUAACAAAGGUUUUUUUUAAUUAAAAAACUAUGCGUGUGGUAUAAACGCGUGUGUGGGGCGUGAAUGAGGGUGAUUUGUGACUUAGUAAGGAAAUUUCGCCGGAAAUUCAGGCUUAAAAUGAGUGGAGUGAAUAAAGAAGCCCCGAUAGGCCUCCAGUGCUUACAACGGCUGUCUGGUUGGUGUUGUCCGCGCCUGCAGAUCAACAGGCUACGAUGCUACCAAAUCUUCAUCCUCAUACUGACAUACUUCACAUACAUGACUUACCACUUGACCCGCAAGCCGAUCUCCGUGGUGAAGAGUGUGCUGCAUCAGAACUGCUCCGGACUGGUUCCGCCACCAGAUGUGGACCCUAAUGACGAGAACUGGUGCAAUUGGGCACCUUUUAACACGACGGACGCCAACACGCUGCUGGGCGCGCUGGAUUCCGCGUUCCUCUUCACGUACGCCGGCGCCAUGUUCGUUUCCGGAAUGGUAGCAGAGCGAGUUGACCUCCGUUACUUCCUCUCUCUAGGAAUGCUGUUUUCGUCUAUAUUUUGCUACUUGUUCGGAGUCGGGAAAACAUACGGCAUACACAAUAUAUCGUACUACUUACUGGUCCAGGCAGGGGCGGGUAUAUCACAGACUACAGGGUGGCCGGGCACGGUGGCCAUCGUCGGGAAGUGGUUCGGCAACAGCAAGAAAGGGCUCAUAUUCGGCAUUUGGAACUCGCACACCUCACUAGGGAAUAUACUCGGAACGCUCAUAGCAGACCGUUUUGUGGAACAGGACUGGGCACUGUCCUUCAUCUACCCGGCCGUAGUCAUGGGGGCAGUUGGGACCCUGGUCUUCCUAUUCCUGGCUCCAGAGCCCAGGAUGGUGGGCAUCGUACUACCUGAACGAGUACCGUCAAGCAGGCAGUCCCGACGAUCAUCGGAAGAGGAGGACGCGCCGUCACAAGUCAUCGUCGGCGAUCAGGCGGCGAGCCUGCGCCCUAACCGGCACUCCGCCAACAGUCAGCCGCAACAAGAGCCGACGGAGGCGACAUCUCUCCUCGGUCCCGCUCGCACCACCCACACUCCGCCUGGUGCCGUCUCGCUCUCGCGCGCGCUGCGCAUCCCCGGCGUGGUGGAGUUCUCGCUGUCUCUUUUCUUCGCGAAGCUCGUCAGUUACACCUUCCUCUAUUGGUUGCCGCUCUACAUUAACACGUCCACGAACCUGUCACCGACGCAGUCCGGCGACCUGAGCACGGCGUUCGACGUGGGCGGCAUCACGGGCGCCAUCCUGGCCGGGCUGGUGGCCGACUGUACCGGCUGCCCGGGGGUCGUGUGCGCCUGCUUCUAUGUGCUGUGCGCGCCCACGCUAAUGGCGUAUCAAGCAUGGGGCGCGUCCUCAUACAUGCUCAACGUGAGCCUCCUGCUGGCCGCGGGGGCGCUCGUGAACGGACCCUACGCGCUCAUCACCACCGCGGUGUCUGCGGAGCUGGGUACUCACAGUAGCCUGGCGGGCAACGCGCAGGCGCUCGCCACCGUGGCCGCCAUCAUCGACGGCACCGGCAGUGUGGGCGCGGCGCUGGGCCCGCUGCUGGCCGGCGUGGUGUCCUCCGGCGGCGCGGCGGCGUGGCCGCGCGUCUUCUACAUGCUCAUCGCCUGCGACUGCCUCGCGCUCUUCCUGCUGCUCAGGAUAGUGAAGGGUGAGGUGUUGCGCGUGCGGCUGGAGCGGCGGCUCGCGGCGUCGCGGCAGACAAGGAUAGAGUGAGCGUACCAUCCACGGGGCUUAUGGGAGUUGACAGUAAAAAUGUGUAAGCUCUAUGAGGGGAAGACGGUAUACCUAAAGUUUGUCAAAGGACUGUCUCAUUUCAAUCAUAGACAGAGAGAAUCAUACUAUCUUUCCUUACACUAGUACUAGCACCCAAAAGAAAAGGAUGAGUAUAGUUUUCCCGGUUCUUACUGACUGACAAAUUGGGUUGACCAACUAUACCUAAUUUACCUAUACACCGUGUUUUAAACUCCGUUAAUUUCAAGAGUGCGUUCCUGAGGCUAAACUAAUUUAAUUUUUCAAAGACUCCACCAAUCAAAUCAAAUCGUACCUACCAAUGAGUUUUUCGGAACUUAUGUACGAAAUAUCAUUUUAUAAUUUACCAGUCUCUUUUCGGUAAAGGAAAACAUCGUGAGGAAACUGAACUAAUUCCGAUAAGGCAUAGUUUACCCUCUGGGUUGGAAGGUCAGAUGGCAGUCGCUUUCGUAGGAACUAGUGCCUACGCCAAUUCUUGGGAUUAGUUGCCAAGCGGAUCUCAGGCUCCCAUGAGCCUUGGCAAAAUGCCUGGACAACGCGAGGAAGAUGAUGAUUUGUUCUAAGAUACCGAUAUUCUAAUUUACUCCAUUUUGAAGAUUAUCAAUGAUCUAUUUUUAUUCGAUAAGGCCCUUACGAGCGUGUACACUUGCCUUAGGGCCUGUUUACAUAUUGACCAGCAUUUAGUACGAGUGUAUACAUUUUAUCGAUUUAUUUCACCGUCGCAGCAUUAAAUUAUUUUUUAUUAAAAAUAAUAAUAAAAAAUGGUAUGCCAUUUAGAUUCCUUAAAUGUACUUAGCCAUGCUCGGAAGUUAACGGAAUUUAACAAAAACACCGUGUAGUGGUAGACCAAGCCAAGUUGACAGCGAUUUCGAUAGGCCAGACUGUGCAAGUGUUAUUUAAACGUCAUAAUUUAAUAGAAGUUUGACUUUUAAAAUAACGCAUACACAGUCUCGGCUAUCCAAAUCGCUGCUAACUUUUAGCUUAGCCUAACUCUAGAUCCGUGGUUUAUAACACUAGCCAAAUGUUCACGACUUUGCCCCCUCCAUCCAUAAGAUAGGAGCUAAAAGUGAUAGGUUAAAAUAAAACACUGGUUAAUUUUGAUUUAGCUAUAUUUGACAGAAAUCUUAACCUUAAUUGUAAUUCCAAAAGAUUCAUAAACACUUGCCAAAAGAAGUUACAAUAUGUGACGUUCCAUGAGAAAAGGUACCUAAUAGCGGCUGGCGCUUACGUCGUAUACCACCGCAAUAGUAUUGGAGCGGCGUUAAUAAUAGCGCUAUAAGGUACCUCUACCCGUGGAACGUCACAUAUAUUCCCACCAUGUAUUAAAGGUUUUUUCCUGUGGAAUUUCGGACACGUGACGUUUUCAACUAAAAGGUACCACAUUGCUGGUUGUCGAUAAGGUUGAUUUCAAAUUGAAGCUCUAUGGAAAUAGUGCCUUAUUAACAAUCUUCAAUAAGUACCCUUUUGGGUUGAGAAUGGCAUGGCAUAUUAUGCUGUCAAAUGUUUAAAAAUUGUUGGCUUAAACAAGUAUUGGUAAUAUGCCAAAUCUUUCUUCAAAAUGCAUUACACAAAUCUUUUGGGAUCGAGUAAUAUCUGGAUAAAGUUGUGUGUGUGCUAUU